AUGUUCAACUACCGUGUAUCGACUGGUAUUUCACGCUCGCUCGUGGUGCUGAUUACGAUUCCGUUGCUUCCAUUAUUUUGCGUGGCGAUGAUUGAUGCACUACCGAUGAAUUCUCCAAAUCUCGGCUUGGCGGGUAGUGGGACUGUAUGGGUGCGUGGUGUGUCGGUGGGACUUGCGGAUUCCUUCACCUUAGUUUGGAUGUUUUGCCAUGUUCCCGAAAAGUGGCAAACGGUAACAGUACUGCUCCUGCCGGCGUUUAAGAUCACAGAACGGAAUUUAUUCUGUCGCAUACUCCGUGGCAAAGACGAUCAAAAACCCGAGUUGGUCGUAUUUACCGUCGAAAUCUCGAACGCGUUAUUUAUCUCGACAUCAAUGCAACAAGCUGCGUCCACAAAUACCAGCGCCAUGCUCAUCCUGAUCGACUUUGUGCAACUACUGGUUUCACUCUGUGACAUGAAUCUGAUGCUCAAAAGUAUCAACGAAAUCACUGCCAAAAUGGGAAUUACAUCGAAUGAAAUCAUCUCCAGUGCGUUCACGAUAUCGACGAAAUACUCGGAACUUGCCAACGCGACGUCGUCGAUCGAUGCUGCGGCACAUUCAAAAUCCGAGGUCUUCCGUUUAUCAACACUCGACAAGAUCCAAGCAAAUACUAUUAAUUUAAAGAGAGUGCUGACUAGCAAGAACCAGGUGGCCCCCACACUGGCUGAGCAUAAUAUGGCGGUUGUACCAGACACGUCUAUGGCAGUAGAAUGCAAUAGUGUGGGACCGACUACGAAUGAUAUAGAGCGCAUAGAGCAUAUCAGCCCGCGGGAGAGACAACUGCUGCUUCGAAAAGCUCUUCAAAUUUUAUUUUUGACGGAAUUUUUAUUGCUGAAUGAGCUUAUGGAGGUUCUCACGCCAGUGAUGUACAUAAUCCUCUUCUACGGCCCGAAUCGCGAGUACUAUCCGUUGUUUGAUGGAAUCGACGAAGCUGCGUUCCAGAAAAUUGUCCGCAACAUUGUAGUUUAUGGACUGCUGGAAAUGGGUUCUUGCGUGUUACUUGUGGUUGUAGUCCAUCGAACGACCCACAAGUUUCCUUUGCAGCAUCUUGCAUUCGCUUCAACUAUUCCUCAACUGGUGAUUCUCUCAGCAAAUGGAUACCGGUAUUACCGGUCCGAUACGUCUUAUCUGAAGCGUGUAACUGCUACGCACCUGGUGUUAGCUACUUCGCUCGUGAACUCCGUUUCGCACUUGCUGCGUGGUUAG